AUGUCCGUUUCGGAUUUUCAAACUUAUAUUUUGCCAGCGACUGCAAAUAAUACGGUUUUCAUAAAUACUGCGUUCUUUAGAGACUUGCCGCGAGCAUUUUUCUAUCGGGAUAAAAAUGGAUUUCAAGAGUUAACUGGGACGCAUUGUAAAGUUGCCACAGAAUUUGCAAUCCAUCAAAAGUACAAAUUCCGUGUAGAGAAUAUGGCCAAUUUUAGUAUCGCAGCAAUGCAUCAACUCAUCGAAGAUGGUCAUUUCAACUGGUCAAUGCGUCCGAACACUUAUGGAGAUUCAUCAGCAAAUAUCGUCUACAGUUAUCCGCUUGAGCGUUCACGAUAUUGUGUUAUGGUGCCUACAAGACCGACACUUGCUCGCUUCUGGUAUGUAGUUUGGCCUUUCGAUCGUUAUAUUUGGCUUUUAAUAAUUUUGGCUAUCAUUUACGUGGCCGCGUUAAUGACUAUCCAGAAACAUCCCACUGUCUCAUUUAGCAGGAAUUUGCUGUAUAGUUUUGCUUUACUACACGACAGCCCUAAUGCGAAUAUUAAGAAAAAUAACCGAUGUGCUCGUGUACAAAUAUUUUUCCUGCUCAUUUUUGGAUUGGGUUUCAUAUUAUCCGUCUACUAUAUCACAUUUUUGGCAUCUUAUUUCAUGUAUCCCAUAUCUCAGCCCCAUAUCGACAGUCUUGAUGCAAUUAUUGAUGCUCGAAUCGAUGUUAUAACACCGCCGAGGACUUAUGAAAUUCUACGUAGCGAUAAAUUUUCCAAUUUUCAAGAAUUUGAAAAAGUUCUAAAAAUUUCAGACAUAAAAAGUUUCAUCGCAAUGAUACACAGCCAUCAUGCCUACAUACUCACGCAAGGAGAUUGGAAUUUAAUCGAUCGAAUGCAAACUCAUCUUAUUCUGCGGAAAUUUGAAUAUUCGAAAAUGUGCUUUGGCGAUUUUUACACUGCCCUCCCAUUAAAAAUCGAUUCUCCAUUUACGAAAAGUCUUAAUGACUAUUUAUUAAGAAUAAAAGAAUCCGGGCUUUGGUUACAUUGGGAGGACGAAUCAUUUUAUGUAGCCCUUAAAGCCAAAUUAGUUAAAUUGUUAGUCGAUGGUUAUCCCGCAGAGCCGUUAGAUAUGCAAUUCUUUUUAAUUGCAUGGAUUGUACUCGUCGGUGGAUGGACGUUGAGCGCAUUGUUCUUCAUCGCCGAAAUUCUAUUCAUUAAAUACUCAAAAAAAUUACAUUAA